AUGCCCCCAAAAAACCUCCACAACCACGCGUACUUCGAAGAAGACCCCACCGACGCACCACACAAAGACGUGGAAACCGAAUUCGAGACAGGCGAAUCUUCUAAGCCUGAAACCCCAAACAGGCAGAAGAAGGUCACCACUUCUGAUAAUCCAGAAGACGACCUCGUCACAGUGAGUCACGAUAGUACACCCAGUCCUACCGCCAGCGAUAUCGUGUUGAAAUUAAAUUAUAAUGACUUUGUGGUAGCGUCUAAUCUUCAUCGUAAAUGGCAGGAGAGUGGCUUGAAUGAGCACGAGAGAAAGGCUAAGAUGAAGGAUGUGCAGAAGAUAUUCGACAAUGAGAGGGAGGUGAGGGAGAGAAAGGAGGAGGAGAUGAAAAAGAAAUACGGGGAAGACGGUAAAGGCAGUGAGGGCAAGGGCAAGGAGGUUUAG